GUUAUCUUUCGUUCUGCUGUGUUUCAAUAGCUUUUGAGAAAUAGUAUAUCGAGGAAUCGUAAUAUGUACUGAAUGCGAUAAUGCAUGUCUGACCCCCAUGCCUGCAUCGUGGUCUCCUCGUACGAUUGGGAUGGAGGAACCGGCUCUCGUAAACACCAUUGGAACAUGUCUGCCCAAUCAGGCUCCAUACAGCGUCGUUCAGGGGAGGGGUUCUCAGCGAAAUGGUGGGCUGUGCGCCUUCCCAACUAUUAUAAAUAUGAGCCCUCCCCCCCAUAUUGCCAGCCACCUCGGCCGUAUCCUUGCCAUCAGUUCAACAUUUCCACCCGCAGUUUGACCCCACACAAACCUUCCCUUAUGCCGUCCCAACUCCGCAACCGCACUCGUGUCACCGAGCCGACUUCAUCAAGUACAGCUUCGAGCGCAACUCUCGAGCAGAACCAGAAUGAACCCACGCUCGGAAGAUUAGGGACGAGGAGGCCUAAGAGAGGCUUUGGCGGAUCAUCUGAGAAAUCACGCACCUCGAAUCACGCAGGCUCACAUAGCCCACGGAUCUCAGCAGUGAACGCUUGCGGGCAUCGAUCGGAGAGAGCCUCGAUAUUCUCUCCCAGACCCAGGGGAACCACCAACGCAAAACAACGACCAUUAUAUACAAAAUAGAGACCCAAAAUCGCAAGAUGAUUUCUGCGCUGCGGGAGCUCCUAGACUCCCAAAAAUGCAGAGUCCUUGGGGCUUCAAAGACACGGACAAUCAAACUCACGCCUUAUUUGGCGAUUUGUUGGAGGAUCUGCAAGCGCAACAAUGCCGUCUGGUCGAGGAAGGGGUUAAGGGUACGGAGCAACGAAUACGUCUACUGGUCGUCGAUUUAGUGGAGGAUAUGCUGGCUCAAUAAUGCCGUGUGAUUGCUGCGAGGCGAUCUAUUGAGCAAUAUAGAGCAGGGAAGGAAGACGACUGAGCCGGCGGCCCUGUGCAAUACGUGGUGUUGAUUCCACAAUUAUAGACCU